CGUACGUAUUUACUAGAAUUUACUACCCCUAUCGGUUGUCGCGGUAGUCGGUUCGCGGAGCUUAGUGUGCCACGUGCCCAAGGACCAACAUCGUGCUCCGUGGUAAUUGGCGAGAAAUUGUUUUUUUUUUUUUUUCUUCUUCUUCUCUCGCCCUCGUCGAUCGCAGGGAGUACCUCGCCUCGUUCUCGUUCUCGAAACGGACCGCUUGCGGAUUCUCUCAAUUUUUUCACAACACUCGCAAUGGUCAGACAAUUCACGAGGAGGCAAUGGCUCACUCUGAUCGUCAUAAGCAUCGCCGACUUCGCGAAUGCAAUUUGCGUGUCUCUCCAAGCUCCGUUCUACCCGCAAGAGGCGGAAAAAAAAGGUGCGUCGGCCACGGAAUACGGACUUGUCUUUGGGAUUUUCGAAUUCGUCGUGUUUGUCAUUAGCCCCGUGUACGGUCAACAUCUGAACAAAAUUGGUCCGAAAUUAUUAUUCAACGGAGGCAUACUGACCACCGGAACAUGCGCGAUAUUCUUCGGUCUCCUGGACAGGGUGGAGGGUCACUACCCCUUCAUCAUUUUAUCCUUCGUUAUACGGAUAGUCGAGGCGAUGGGUAACGCCGCAUUUUUGACAGCGAGCUUCGCCAUUAUCGCCAAGGAAUUUCCCGACAACGUGGCCACGACGUUCGCCAGUUUGGAAACGUUCUUCGGAUUGGGACUGAUCGUUGGGCCCACGGUAGGCGGAGCUCUCUAUCAGAUCGGCGGCUACACGACACCCUUCGCUAUUUUGGGUUCCGCACUUUUCUUGGCUGCUGUGAUGACGUCCUUCGUACUACCGACUCACGGACCUGGCGGAGAGGACACCCAGCUGGCCGGAAGUUUUAUGCGAGUCCUGAAGAUCCCCGGAGUAAUUGUAGCCACGGCAUCGAUAGUCGCCACCAGUAUGAGCAUCGGAUUUCUUCAAGCGACCUUGGAACCUCACCUGAGACAGUUCAAUCUGAGCCCCGUAGUCCUCGGUCUCAUGUUCGUCAUAAACGGCGGAACCUACGCCCUGACGGCGCCGGCGUGGGGUUGGAUUUGCGACAAGCGUUCCAAACCGCAGGUCUCCACGAUCAUCGGCUGUUUCCUAGUAAUGGUGGGAUUCGGACUGGUUGGUCCAGCGCCGUUCAUUCCCAGCCCUACGCUCGUUUGGCUAUCGGUUCUAGGACUCGUUAUUCACGGCUUCGGUAUGGCCGCGCAACUGGUCGCCAGUUUCACCCUGGCUCUCAAAUCCGCUAUAGAGCAAGGAUUCCCCAACAAUCUGGAGACAUACGGUUUGAUAAGCGGACUCUGGACGAGCACCUUCGCACUGGGUGCGUUCAUCGGUCCCAGUAUAGCCGGAAUCUUGCUGGACACCAUCGGCUUCCGAAACGCGUCGAUGUUCGUGGUGAUCCUUCACUUCCUCGUGGCGAUCGUAGCGAGCUUAUCACUCAGCUGUUGCUCGGGCGGUCCUAAACCUUACACGCGAGUAGGAUCGGCCGACGACCUCAGAACGUCCCUGACCAUCAGCGGGACCCGCAACAGCCCCAGCCUACCGCUCGACGGAAGAGCUCAGGGUGUACCGAUAGACAGACCGAGCGGCAUGAAUUCGCUUAUCGCUUGCAACAGCUACUCGAACAGGGCUGGAGCCUGGUCGAGGGCUUCGUACAGCGGCAGAUAUUCGUACAGUUACGGUUCGGUGGAGCCGAAACGAUACCUGGAAAGUACCACGUGAUCAUCGGUGCGCCUCACGCUAUUGUAGGGGAAAUUCAACGGAGCUGCAGUCGUCAUGUUUACAACGAGAAUUGAAAAAAGGUGUACCACCACCACCGCCGCCACCACCACCACCACCAGCGAAGGCGACAUUUAACCAUCGACUACAACGCGUCGCCUCGUUCGUUUUAUUUUACGGUAUACCCGGGCCGUCCGAACGCACCCCGAGAACAACGAUACAGAGAGGACGGAUGUAUCGCUAAACCUUGGGAUACAUUCGUAACGACGAUAAGCUGGACUUUUUCUUGUGUUUUUUCUCUCUCUCUCUCUCUCUCUCUCUCUCUCUCUCUCUCUUCCAAUUGCCCUGUCAUCGAUCUUACCGAUUGUAGCUUUUUCACAUGAAAUCCACGCGCCGAGUAGCCCCGGAAUUGUAUAUAUUAAUUGUAUCCGCAUGUGCAGUUUAACCGCUAUGGUAAUUAGCUUGUUAUACUCGUUACACCUCUCAUUGCAUAAUUCAUCGAACAACAUUUAUUUUCGCACUUUUUAUCAUCAUAUUGUCGCGGUAUACCUGAGCACCGAAACAAUUUUACCUUUGUUAAAUGAUCUUUUUUUAAUCGAUGAUUAGUCUAUUUUAUGGAUUGGGAUUAUUUUCUACUUCGGUAUAUCGAGAAGAGUGGUGGUCAACUGUUUUCUCUUCUCUCUUCUCUCUCUCUCUCUCUCUCUCUCUCUCCAUUACGAACCGAGAUUCUUGUGCGUCGAUCUGUCUGGAUAUUCGAGAGAAUGAAUAUUUUCCUAUCUUAUUUCGGAAAAAUUCAAUCCCGCAGAUUACGUGUGUGCGAUGCGUAUAUACAUAUAUUUACACAACAUUGUACACGUAUGUGACCAUGAAAAUUAUUUAUUAACCGAUAUCUUUGAGAAAAAAAAAAACUAAAAUAAAUAAAUAAAUAAAUAAAUAAAUAAA